AUGGCCUCUCGGGCCUUCAGCACCUCGCCCGCCGCUUAUGCUGCCGAGGUUAAGUCGCUGGGCGUCAUUGGAGCUGGUCAGAUGGGGCUGGGAAUUGCUCUCGUCGCUGCUCAGAAGGCCCAAGUUCCCGUGACUCUGAUCGACAACUCCCAAGCAUCCAUCGACAAGGGCCUCAAGUUUGCCGACAAGCUUCUCGAGAAGGAUGUAUCCAAGGAACGCCUCACCCGAGAUGCGGCCGACGCCGUCCGGGCCCGCAUCACACCCAGCCUGAAGAUGGACGACUUGUCAUCCAUCGACUUCAUUAUCGAGGCCGUCCCUGAGAUCCCCAAUCUCAAGACAUCCAUCUUCACCCAACUCGCUCAGAUCGCUCCCAAACACUCCAUUCUCGCAACCAACACCUCCUCCAUCUCCAUCACCAAGAUUGCAGCCGCCACCACCACAGACCCCACCGACCUCCAGGCCCCCUCGCGCGUCAUCUCCACCCACUUCAUGAACCCCGUCCCAAUCCAAAAGGGCGUAGAGAUUAUCGCGGGCUUGCAAACCUCCAAGGAGACGAUAGACACGGCUAUUGCCUUCGUGCAGCGCAUGGGUAAGGUCGCGUCUGUCUCGGCGGACUCGCCGGGAUUCCUUGCCAAUCGCAUUCUCAUGCCGUAUAUUAAUGAGGCAAUUAUCUGCCUUGAGACAGGCGUCGGCGGUCGCGAGGACAUUGACAAUAUCAUGAAGACCGGCACCAAUGUCCCGAUGGGCCCCCUGACCUUGGCCGAUUUUAUCGGUCUCGAUACCUGCCUGGCUAUCAUGAAUGUUUUGCACCAGGAAACCGGGGACAGUAAGUACCGGCCAUCCGGAUUGUUGAAGCGCAUGGUCGAUGCCGGCUGGCUGGGCAAGAAGUCCGGCAAGGGCUUCUAUGACUACUGA